GACCAUCCUUUAUUCUAUUGUAGUUUGGCAGUGUCGAUUUCCAAAACUACAGUUCCCACAAUGCAGUACGGUGCGUGACGUUGCACGCCUAUGAAAACGCGAGAGACGUGUAACUUUGACAGUUCCGGGAAAAUUCACAAGGAUAGGCUACUUCACAACUGAAAUCGGGAGUAGUAGUUGACUGACAUGUCAUGUAAUGAAGUAAAGCAAAUAUAUUCACAUCUUUGCUCCAUUAAAAAAAGUUACAGCUAGAAAUCUUUCUAAGAAAUAGCGGACAAAUAAGUGUCAGUAUGCUGAGACGAUCUAUAGUCGUGCAAAGUCUCAGGAGUAUUAGAGAUAGGUUUUUUGAUACAAUUCGACAAAGAAAUGAGCAAAGUGAUGGUCAGGGGCCAGGUAAUGUCGUCACGGGCCCCUCUCUGGAUAACGUGCCGGUUGACAUGCAGUUUCUCAUUAUGACCUUCCUGUCUCCGCAAGACCUCUGCAGACUGGGAGGCACCAGUACAUACUGGCGGUCAAUGGUUCGAGACCCUGUCCUGUGGAAGUACUUCCUGUUGCGUGAUAUGCCGCUCUGGCAGUCAGUUGACCAUUUAUCAGUGCCUCAGGUCAAGCUCACUGGCUCAGCUGUGCUGGAUGACUCUGAGAUGCAGCUGGAUUACAUGGCAGAGUAUCUACGUGUUUGUCCGGCCUGUCGAAACCAAUGGCAACACCAACCCAGAGUGUUUGAAUCUGUGACGUCCUUCUUCCAGUCCCUUGUACCGGUUUCAGAGCCACAGUUUGCCAUGUUCGGCCCGGGGCUUGAGCAGUUAGAGAUUUCCCUCAUGAAUACGAUCAUGUGUUCCCCUCAUGUGCUUCCUGUCGCAGGACUACCUCAGCGUCAGAUUGAUGGUGCAGCUGUGCCAUUACUUAUAGUUUAUUCUAGCAUUGGAUCUGGAAUCAGUUUUAAGUACAAAGAUCAGCACAGAUUCAAUAUUGCAACUUUAUAUUCGACAAACAGGUCAGUGCGAGAGAGAGCACGUCUGGAGCACCUCAAUCUGCGCAGUAAACUCUUUGUCUAUGAGGAGGAUAGUGAAUCCAACAUACCCUUAAGCAUCAACCCCAUGUUUAAUCAAGUUUGUCAAGCUGUGAAUGGAUUCAUCUUUGUGGUCAAUGCUGAGACAGAAAGAGGAACAGACAGAGGGUGGGAGGAGGAAAGUGCCCAGAUCAGGGUUAUUUUAGACCCUGCGGUGGGUGCUUUGUCUCACCCUAUCCUGGUGCUCUCCUGUGUGUCUAGAGAGACAGCAGACAGUCGCAGGAUACCUUGUGUGACCGUUGCCCAUCAGCUACAGCUCGGCUCACUGACCAACCCUUGGAUGGUUCAGGACACAGCUGCGGAAACACUGACAGGACUGCUGGAUGGUAUUGAUUGGCUGCUGAGGCACUCUGGAGUCAUGCUAUAACCAAUAAGGAAUCUGAAAGCUGCUGGAUGCAUGAUAAAAGAGGCCUUUUAAUCAUCUUACUAUCCAAAAUAUACAACAUACAAGUCACACCAUUGUAAUAGUUGUACUUUUGGAGGUGACCACAGUCAUGCCAUGCAAUUAAUUUACAUAAUUCAGUGAACUGUUUUUACAUUGCACUUUUUUGCACUAAAUAUUUUCCUUCAAUUGACUUGUUAGAAUAUUUUUUUAAGUGAAAUAGCUUCUCUUUUUUUUUCUUUUUUUAAAGGGAAAUUAUGGAAAUUAUAGCUCUGAAGGUAAUAUUACUCAAGCAAGAGUGAUUUUGUACUGUAUAUCAACAUGUCUGAAAUUUGACAGUGGGCAGGUGAUAUUCAGAAUCAGAAUAACAUGUUAUGAUUGUUAUACAAUGCAGUUUUAUA